CAGCACAAAGUGAAGGUGGCAAAAACCGUAACAAAUGGCCGACAAGGGUUUGAGAUGGCAUAUUUUAGGAAGGACAGAAAAAUAAAAGCAACGCAAUGGAAGAAUUUCCAAUCCUGCCAUCUCCUGGCAGUGCAGGAGGGGGAUAGCGGUGUGAAGAGAGAGGCUGACCCACUGUGCUCGCCAGAGGCUUUGCAGUGCGCACACACAGACUCGCAAACUCGCAGGCCCCGUCAUACACAAGUCCUGUGUGUGCAGGGCUUUCUUGGCAGAGCUCAAGGCUUGCGAUCACAGCUCCGAGCAGUUCUCCGGGACGUGCCCAGAGUGGACAAAUCAUGCUAAUUGUCUGGGAGAGAAACCCAGCGCUAAACCCAAGAUGAAGGCAGAAAGUGGGGCUUCCUCAGGAGUUUUGGCUGCUUCUGCAGUUUUGCGGAUCCUGUGCUUUCUUGCCUUUUCGCAGUCCGGUGCGGUGAAGGGGGUGAACAUCACGAGCCAGGGCUCUCUGAUCCGGGGCACGUUGGGCGGCGUGGCUCUGCUUUCGGUGCGCUACACCAGCACCAGCUCUGACCAGCCCGUCAUCAAGUGGCAGCUGAAGAGGGACAAGCCGGUGACGGUAGUGCAGUCCAUCGGCACCGAGAUCAUCGGGAACCUGCGGUCCGAGUACCGGGACCGCAUCCACGUCUUCGAGAACGGCACCCUGCUGCUGCACAACCUGCAGCUCUCGGACGAGGGCACCUACGAGGUGGAGGUCUCCAUCACCGAUGACACCUUCACGGGGGAGCACCACAUCAACCUCACGGUGGACGUCCCCGUCUCCAAACCCUCCAUCCACAUGGUGGCGUCGACGGUCCUGGAGCUCAGCGAGCUCUUCACACUCAACUGCUCGCACGAGAACGGCACCAAGGUCGUCUACAGCUGGCAGAAGGGCGGAAAGCCCCUGGCCAACGACUCGCGCCUGCAGCUGUCGCCCGACCAGAAGGUCCUGACCAUCGCCCGCGUGCUGAUGUCGGACGAUGACGUCUACAGCUGCACGGUGGAGAACCCCAUCAGCAGCAUGAAGAGCCUGCCCGUCAAGCUGACCGUCUACAGACGCAGCUCGCUCUAUAUCAUCCUCUCCACCGGGGGCAUUUUCCUCCUCAUCACCCUGGUAACCGUGUGCGCCUGUUGGAAGCCAUCCAAAAAGGACAAGCAGCAGACGGACAAGCAGGGAUCCUCUGAGUUUAUGGAACAGAAUGAUGCCAAACACGAUGCGGACUCUGUCCCGAAACCUGAACAUGAGCGCAAGAAUCCAGUGGCCUUGUACAUCCUGAAAGAAAGGAGACCAGACCCCCCCAGGAAGUGCAUUGACAUGCCAGUGCCUCAGGACUCGCCAGACACCGAGGACGAGUCCCCUCCCCGUUCCCGCAUCCCGUCGGAGUCCGGCAGCCCCCCCAGCUACUCCUGCACCCCCCCCCCUCCGUCCCGCUCCCCAGACCCGCCCGCGCGCACGGCCCGCCGGUACCCCCGCUCGCCCGUGCGCACGCCCCCCCACGCCCGCAGCUCGGGCCGUGGGGUGCGCUCCCCCGCCGGGGGGGUGCAGGUGAUGCACGAGCAGGAGGAGGCCACCCCCCCGCCAGAGAGCCACACUUAGAGCCGGCCUCCGACCUCCGACCUCCAACCUCUGACCUGCCGCCCACCUCGUGCCGUUUCGCUGGCUCGGAAGAAAGACAUUCUUGUUUUUUAUGAAUCUGUAUGUGUGUGUGUAUACUGUAUAUAUUUUUUUCGGUUUGGCGUUUUGUGUACCAGGUCAGGAAGGCCGCUACACAGUCAGAUUCUACUGCUCACAUUCCCCCUACAAUUACUGAGUCCUCCUGGCCUCCCAGCUUUGCUCUGGAUUCUGGAUUCUGGACUGGGCUCUUUAGAGAAUCGGGCUCUUGCUCCCAAGUACUGUCCCUUCCUGCCCUUCAUCAGAAGGACCAUGUGGGUCUGAUCUCUGGUCAUUCAUUCAAGCUCCUUGGACUGUCCCAUUGCAUCAGUAUCCAACUCCUCCUGUCCAGCCUACCUGUAGAUGUACAGUAGAGUUAAAGUUCCAGAUAUUGUCUUCUUUCUCCGGCGUUAGUCUGGACCUAACAUUUCUCCCCCCAAGGAUUGUAAUUGCCUGGAUCUAUGAGACUGUAGAUCUUUACAGAACGUGAAGAACUGUGAGGAUUCAUGUAAGCAUUUAAGCAGUUUAGCAGGGUGGGGACUGAACAGCUGAUUCAUUUUCCUUCGCCAUGAUAUGUACUAUAGGUUUUGUCGAUUUGCUGUUUUGGUUUGACAAAACAAAAGACAAAAAUCUUUAGAGAGGCCACUUUCUGCAAUGCAUCUCAUCAAAAACUUUCCUUUAACUGUCUUAUUCGGAAUAUACAGGAAAAGCACAUGUAUCUUUACCCAGGGCUAAGAGAUAUUUUCAUUUUAAAAAAGGCUUUGUCUCCACUGGCUUUUCAGUUUACCGAUAGCAUGUGGCUUCCUUGAUAGAAAUGACUUUUUUUCGUGCAUGCGUCUUUCAAGUGAGUAAAUAGAAUCUGCGAUUUCUGCAAUUUCCCUCACAGGAUCAAUAUCUAUCUAAAAACAGGCCUUUCCCCAUUUUUCUGUCCCUUUACGUUGAUUUAAAGGCUGAGACAAACUGCUGAUGUCCUUGAUGACAGAGCUGACUAAGAUCAAGGAUAUUAAUUUAGAGUAUAUGUAAUACAUGCUACAUGCAUAUUGAAACCUUAUAUAUUAAAUAUAUUAAUAUAUCAGUAUAUAUUAAAAAGAUAUAGUGCUGUGAAUGUGACAUCACUCCGAGAGAGAAUAUAGGUGUACGAAUCCAUAGUGGCAGAUUAUAUUGCAAACUGUGAACAGAAAAGACAGAGUGAGUCUGAGCUCUCUUUCAUUACAGUCUGGCCCAUCUCCUCAGGGCGUUGUACAUCAAAACAAAUGAAACCACAGAGGCUUAAAAUGAAGACUUGGAUUCUAUUUAGGCCUGGCCUAAUCUGAUCAGAACAAUGCUGCCUCUCAGAGAGUUCCAAACACUGCUUAUUUUUCUUUGUGUGUUGUAUUUGAUUUGAUGUUAAUGCAAAAUAAGACAUAUGUCAGUUACAGUUCCACUGUAGUCUGGAUUUGUAAAGCAUCAUGAACUGCCUUUCCAGAACUGAACAAGAACUGCCCUGUAACUUGGAUAUCUGGGUACAUGAGCUGGAUGCACAUUAUUGUCUGUUUCACCUAAACUGUACACUAAGACGGCUGACAUUUUAAAAUGCAUUCAUCCACUAUUCCGUUUUGAAUCUCCCCACAUCCCUCUAUUUCUAAACAAAACUGUGAAAAUACCGGUAUACAGUGUUGGGUUAUAGCAAUAUUGAAAUUGGUGUCAGAAAACAUAGCUUAGCUGCUAUACAUCUCUAAUUUUUUUAACAACACAUUAAACAGUACUUCCUGGUCUGCUUAGAUAAAAGGUGUAAAACUGAGCUGAAACAGAUUAUAGUCAGCAUGCUCAUGAGCUAGAAAAUGCUUUCUGUUUCUUUCAAUCGUGACUGGGGAGUAAUCAUAUUUUAUCUUUGAUAAUACCAAUAAGAUGAUCAUUUGAGCACACUGUUGCUUUUCCUCUUGGACAGGAAGAACCAAUUUACACUAAUUGGUUAAUGAGUUUUUAAAGAGUGUCUUACAUUGGCAUUUUAAUAGAAUGUAUUACCACAUAAUUUCAGUUCCAUUUUUCCAAUUAAAAAGGUUUUGAUUGAAAUGGAAACCAUUUAAAGAGUAAUAUAAAGAAAUACUAUUUUAGUUGUCUAUAUUGUUGUGAACAUAUAUACCACAAGGGAACCCUAUGAAACUUUUUGAAGUCAUAUCCUUUAUACUUAUAAUGUAUGUAUAUAUUUAUAUAUAAAUUUACAUUGUAUGCAUUUUCAUUUAAUCAAACUAACCUACUCCUCUGUAGCCAGAAUAUAAUUUGGGAAUGAAAUGUAAUUAGCUAAUUUCUAUGGGUUUUUAAUCUAGAUGUUGUUUAAAGAACAAAGAAAUCAUUGUGGAAACAAAAAAGCCUUGAUUUUUCGAAAAGCAAAAUAAAGGCCAAUAUUAUUUCACUCUCCACAUGCAUUUAUGCCGACUUUCUGAUCGAACUCUUUUGCUGCAUUUGGAUUGUCUGGUGUCUGGGGCUCACUAAGACUCAUGAAGCACUUCUCCCCUGUGGUGUUAGAGCAUGCUCAGGCUCAAGUUCCCUGAUCUACAGGAUCUGCAUGCUAAUCUCUCAUUUUUCUCUGUGUGGUAUCCCACUGCAUCUAAUGCUCGUUUGUCUGCACUUACACCUGAAAUGAGUAUUAUAUUACCAGCUGGGCGUAGUUUUUUCAACAGACCUUUGGCAAAGCAUGUUGUGUGGGCACCCAGUUCCCUUGCAUCAGUUAUAAAGUAGCAUCACAAAUUAACCUUAGUCUUGCUUUGCCAGUGUUUUGUAUUUUCCCAUUCUAAACAGGUCCCUCAUUUAUUCACCCUUGUUGAUUUAUUGAUGUGGACUAGCUGGGCGCUGUCCUUGACACCCUUAUCAAGGCAGCUCAUUGGUGAAUUUGCAGUUGCCCUGGGGAAGAUCAUGCUGAUGUUACUGCCCUUGAAUUCUAUGAAUUGUGCUACAAAGGUCCUCCUUCAUCGGAGUGAGAAGGAUGGAAACAGUUAGCCAGUAAGGUUUUGUUUCACUGCACAGCCAGUCCUGAAUUAGGUUAGCUAAUACCCAUGUUCUCAAGAGCUAUGUCAUAAAAAUACUUUGCAUACAAGCUUUUCAGCCAAUUCCAACAAUGAACUUACCUGUCAAUCUCUUAGUCAAUAGAUGACUUUUUCCUAACCUGCAGGAGGAGUCUGGUCUCCUGUAUAGCCACUUAUAGACUGAGUGUUAUAGACACUCACUUCCAAUCACAGACACCUGGGAAGCAUAGGAAGAGCAAUCAGUAUUAUCUCCCUGCAGGUAGGACAAUUAUGUGUCUGUGCAAGUGUUAAUGUGUAGUAGCUGUCUGUCUAUACUUGAGUCUGUGUCUAUAGAAAAUAAAAGAAAUUUUAGUGCUCUACAAUAAAGAAAGAAAUUACUGUUUUUUAAUAUUGUUAAUAUUGUUUUUUUGUGAUUUGGAUCUGGUAAUCUUGCGAACAUUUGUUAGUAAAAGUUACAAAUGGGAGGAGGUCUCAUGCUUGUAAAACAGUAUUUAUGUCUAUGACUUGUUUAGUUUUUAGCUCCUGGGUAGGUUAUUUCACUCUUUAAUAAGUACCGCUUCUCCGAUCUGUUUAUGAACAGCACUUUCCAAGAAACACCUUUUCCAAGAGACCAAUGAGAGCUUUGUCUGUUAUCUGGAUUUUAAACAGUUAUUACAGCUGCCUUUUUUCUAGUUCCACCCAGAGAGAAUUUUGACCUUUUCCAAAAUGAAGUUACUGGUGCCUUUGUUGAGUGAGUACAAUUCACCUUUUCUAUCCUGGCGAUCAUCAAAACCCCUACAUGGGAUUUGUGCUCAUGAGAAAUUGCUUUGCCCUCUAUAAUAAGCACUUGGUGCUGCAGGAGGUACAUCUGCACCCCUGAAAGUUUCCUAUUGUAGACUGCUGGAACUCAAAUAAUAAUAUUCCCAUUAUUUCAGUAUAAUGAAGUACAGAUCUGCCACUUUCAAUACGACAAAAUUGUUGUGCUGAAGUGCAGUUAUGUUAAAUAGUUUAUAAAGAAUGGAUGGUAAAAUUGUUAUACUGUAAAAUCUGUAUAUGUAAGAACUGACAGCAGCGUUGAUGCAUUGAUUAAAGUGCAGAUUAUUGCUGAAAAUUAA